UCAUAGCAUCAAAAUGCACGGCCUUGUUGUAGCGAAUACGGUGGUGGCUGCGACGGCUUGUUCGGUUUGGGAUAUCUAUGGCAGCCUUCAAGUCGUCACAAUUAUAAAUACAUUUCUGCCAGAUGUACUUGGAACAGUAAAAGUCCUUGAAGGUGAUGGACAAGUUGGCACACUUCUAAACGUUACAUUUCCACCAGGAACUCCUGGAGUUGGUUAUAUGAAGGAAAAAAUUACAAAGGUUAAUAAUAAGAAGCGUGUGAAGGAAACCCAAACCUUGAAAGGAGGAUUUUGGCACUAG